AUGAGCGAGUUGGCAGACGACAUCACCCCGGAGGAAGCCGAGGCACACGACGUACGAAGGUUGCGGUGGAUUUUGAGGGUGGCAAAUAACCCCGGGUCCUGCGAGGAGUGGUACCUCGGCGACGAGCGCGAUGGAGUCCGGCACGGCCACGGCGCGGCGUUUUAUACUUCGGGGGACGUUUACCUUGGACAGUGGCACCGAGGGGAGUGGCAUGGGCGAGGGAACUUGACUCACAUGUCGGGAGCUAAGUACACGGGCCAUUUCGAGAAGGGAGAGAAACACGGAACCGGAAAUUUCGUAGACGUGGAUGGCGUUCGGUUUCGGGGAGAGUAUCGCCAAGGAGUACGGCAUGGGUCAGGCUAUAUGACUAGCCCAAACGGUGCUCAAUUCGAGGGCUGGUUCCGAGACGGCACGGCUCACGGGGACGGGAUGCUCACCUGGCCCGAUGGGGGGAAGUUCAUCGGGAAGUACGUCAUGGGGAAGGAGCACGGUAGGGGCGCCAUUCUGGACCCUUUGGGGUGCAAGGUGUGCGAUGUGGAGUGUGCCGCUGGCGUGCUCGUGGGAGGGAGGACAGUGUGCCCGGGGUCUCUUGGCGGGGGUAAGGGCCCCAAGUGCAGAGGAGGUUCCCAGAGCUGCGGUUUCUGCCUGCAAACCGCGCUAGACCUCGAGCUGUCCAUCGCCAACGAAGACCCCGAUGCCCUGCAGGCGUUGUCCUUGAGCGGGGGCGGCGAAGGUGCGCAAGCGGGCGGCAGCGGAGGCGGCGCGAGAGGCGUUCAAUCAAUGAGCUCCGCGAGUCAUAGCAGCUGGGGCGGCGGGAGCACCUUGGGAGGAGGCUACGGCGGCGGGGGUGCCCCUCCCCCUCCCCCGCAGCACGAAUGCGUGGUCAGGGUGAAACCCCGGCCGUACUCUCCAUCGGACGAUUUCCGCCCGCGCCGUGUCGCCAUGCCGCCCACCGGGUCGGCGGGUAGGGUGGGCGGCGGCGGCGGCGGCGGGGGCGGGGGGGAUAUGCUCAAUAGAUGA